AUGUCUUCUCCGAUGGACCAUCCAUAUGCCAAGCUGAAUCUUACCUGUGUGUGGUUAGAGACAAUGGUGUAUGGUGCCAACCAUGAGCAAAAUGAUGAAGCCGGGUUUGAGCUUUUUAACAAGGUACAACCCAACUGGCAAAAUGUAAAGAUAUGGGAGGCUUGGGGCAAGUAUGCACAAAGUCAGUUUGCUGAUAUAGAUGGGUCUGUGCCAAAGGAGAGCCUAUCAAGCAAGCAGAAAGAAAAGAUCAAGCUUUCACUUGACAACAAUGGAUAUCCCAUCCUUGUAUAUCAGGAUCUGUCUUCCCCAGCAACCUUUUCAGACCUACAGGUUAUCAUCAGGUCUUUCCUGAUGACACAUUACCAGAUUUCCAAUGGAAAUGCAAAGGCUUCAGUACCUUGGACCAGCCUUGCGGAGCGCCAGGGCGACUAUAUUGACUUGUCAAAGGGGUAA